CUGGCAAACUGCAAUCGGUUUAUUAAACUGAACGUCAGAAGUAUUGUAUAUCGUACUAAUUUAGGCCUAGUGUAUGCGUGUUCAACAUUGUAGUAAAACUAAAAGCUAUUUUUUAUCAUUGAUAAUGAAGAAAUGAAACUAAUUUAUGUAAUUUAAUGAAAAGCUUUUGCUUUCUAUGAAAUACUAAUACUAUGAACUUAUAUUAAAUGUGGUUCAGAGUUUUAUAGAAGACAAUCUGAAAGAGGUUACUGCAAUCAUAUCAUCGACCACUUGUUAUGCAAACUUUGAAACUCUGGUCAAAGAUGCUAUUCCGACAGUGGUACAAAAAGUUAAUUUUGGCUGCAAUUCUUGGCGUAGGUUUGUACUGUAGCUUCUAUCUUUUAGACAAUGGAAAGAAUAAAUGGAAAUUUUCCAAGAGCACACAAACAACUCGCCAGAAGACAGAGAGCCAAGAUGUCGUCGAAAUAGAUCCUGAAAGCCAGAUUCAAGAUAACCAAAAUGUGUAUAAAGUACCCAAAGAAAACAUUCAUAUCCACACGUGUCCAGCCUGUUUUGGUAAAGAUCUUUGUACUGAUAUUGAAACUGGUUCUCUUGAGCUUUAUAAAAAUUCAAAAACCGAGUCACACGAUCUUAGUUGGAGGGAAGCAAUUUUACACAAAGCUGACAAAGUUGUGGUGUCAUCAGUUUCUGACUCUUCUUGGAACAAGUUUGAUCAGUACAUUUGUAAUAAUGCAAGUAAAAAAUUUCCCUGUGAUGUUUCUACUGGUAUUAUGGCGAGUUAUCUCGCAUCCAACCGAGUAAUGACAGCCGACGGUUUAAGGAACUUGUACCGAGUACUGGAUAAGUCAAGGAGUGAAGUUGUCUUGCCUAUCUGUGCCACAAACAAGCUUGUGGAUGAGUUAAAAGCAACAUUUGAUGAUGAUGGAGAUGGCCAAUUAAACAAAGAAGAACAAGCUCAGUUGAUGACAGCUUUAUUGAUGCAUCCAAGUUAUGUUCUUUUAAAGUUCCAGGAUACUGUAAACACCAACCUACCUAUUCCUAAUUUCCAAGGAACCUGUGGAAGGCUGGCUGUUUGGGAAGGUGGUCUGACCCCUCUUGAGGAUCAUCUUCAGGAAUCGUUUGAGGAACGAGCUGGACUCGCUUCUCAGUUGCUGCAACUGGUAGACGAUUUCCAGAAUGAAGACCCCAAUUGGUAUUUUCUGUAUACAGAAUUCUCUUAUAACAGUUUAUCAGUUACCAAAGAAGGGGAGAUUUUACUUACAAAUCUACAAGAUGUGGCUAUUAUAGACAAAACUCUCUUUCCCCAGACAGAGGACCUGAUUUCAGGGACUAACGAGCGAUUGUGCAAUGACAUUUGCUUCCAGAAGUUUACUCGGGAUAUCUUGACAAGCCCAAACGUUACUGGUGUAUGUUCCCAGCUGAGACACUACGGACAGUUGAUGUAUGCUAUUGUAUGUAAACAGAUUCUUUCAGAUCUGGAGGAGCACAAGACGGAGGGAUUCUUUAAUUAUGACGGAAACAAAGAUCAACAAAAAUCUGAGUACUCUGGUCUUCUCCAUUCACCUCCUGAGAAAGACAGAGAAAAUAUUGAAGAGGUCCUACGAGAGUGUGUUCAGGAGACGACAGCUGGAGGAAGAAACCAGGCUGUGGAGGAGCUGCAAGAUAUACUGGAGAUUUACCUAUCUUAUAAUGAUGUUGAUCAUGAAAAUGAAGAUGGAAAUGAUGAUGAAUAUGAAGAAGAAGAGAAUGACAAAGAAAGUGAGAACUACUGAAGGUGAACGAGUGGGUUAUUUGGAUUAUGCAGUUUUACUUUUAGCUACAUUACUGAAAGGGAUUUCUAGGCCACCUACUUACUAAAUCCACACUGUUCAGGUGAAGUUAUCAUGCUUUCUGGUAAGGGUAUCUCUCUUCUUAUCAUGAUGAGAUUAAAGCUUGCUUCUGUGGGAGUUAGUAGUUGUGCUCUUGUUGUGAUUUAUUUUUCAUCACUAAAUUUUAUUAAGUGGUUGGCCUUGAUUUCAUGGUUUUGGUUCAAAUUUGGAUUCUGAAUGGGUGAUGUUUAUUGUCCUAUUUUAGCUUUGGUGCCUACAGGAUUGCCCAUCACUGUUAUGUUGGAGAAUCUAUAGGCUUAGGACACAGUUUAGAUGUCUCAUGUAUCUCAUUAUUUUAUUUAUACUGUUCUGAACAUAAUAUUGUGAUUAACAAAGUUUUGUUGACUGGAAAAGUUUACUACAGUGCUUAUAUUUUAUAUGGCUUUUGGAAACGUUGUUAUUAUUGACAUUUUCAGCAAAUAUUUUCAUCUUGCAGUGACAUUUACUUAUAAUCAUCGUUCUUCUCUAAUAACAAAACAAUUAUCUAGAAUAGAGAGUUUAGUCUGUGUUGGGAACUUGCAUAUAUGUGUGUCGGUAUACAUUGAAUUUCUGAUAUAGGUGAGUAAUUGUUAUCGUGAAUACAUAUGCAUUUAAAAAAAAAGGUAAAUUUUAUACAAUUAUUCUGUGAAAAUACAAGAGGUACUUUUUUAAAAACAUUUUAUAUUUGUAACUUUCAGUGCCAAAAAUAUCGUACAGAAUGAUUGCUUAAGUUGAAGAAAGUGUAAUUUCGAUUGUUUGCUGCCGUAACAGAAAGUAAGAGAAAAAUACAAAUGUUUUUCCAUCUUAUUCCACUGCGUGUAAUUUCCGUUUAUUAAGUAUCAAGGAUCGAAGAACAACUGGUAUUUAUGAAUUAUUAUGCGAAUCGUUUAAACAUGAACACGAAUCAAUGUUCUCUAGUAAAACGUAAUAUAUUAGUGGUAAAUUUUGCUGAUCAUGGGAGUUCUGAUCACAAAUUAGUGACUUCUGCCUUAGAAGAAGUUUCUGUGAUAAUUGGCUUUCGUUUACACGUCAUUUUACAUCAAAAACAGAUACGUGCGCUAUAAUGCUUUUUAUAAACUUAACUAAUUUUCCAGUUUCAAUAAAUUUAGAGGCACGGGUUCUUUUAGUCUUCGUAGUUCCUAGUUAUCGGGGAAAUAUCCGUAUCAAAUGGCUUGAAUUUAUUGUUUCAUUAGCGUUUUAUAAUAGUACAUCAGUUAUUUUUUAAAUGUAAAAAACCGAGGAGAAAUGUUAAAGGUUGAACAUGUGCAAGUUAAAAAACGACAAAUUAUUACCAGUUUCUUUAUUUACAUUCUACAGUUUUUUGUCAAUAUUUUGAUUUUAUUAUGACAAUGUUGGAGUAUUUAUGCUUAGGUUUAAAUAUCCGAUGAGCUAUUGCACAUUUUAGAUAUUUUGCUGUAAUUUUAUUUUUAAAAUCGAUUAAUGUAGCCUAUAUAAUUUAAUUAAUU